CUCCACACUCCGCCCCUCUCGCCCUCUCUCUCCCCUUCUCUUUCCCUUUCUCUCAGGGUAGGUUUAUGCGUCAGUUGCCAAAAGGUGGGGACAUUUCCUGCUGCCUUUGCAACACUGAGAAGUUGUCUUAAGGGAGACGAGGCCCCAUUCUGAGCACCAGGCCAGGAAAGGGAAGUUCUGCUGGCAGCCCUGCUGGGGAGACACCUGCUCGCCAUCUCCUGAUCUCUCUGUCUCCAGGCAGCGCUCACAGCCUCCUGGUUUGCACCUGACCAUGUCCCUGGCCGAGGCCAUCAGCCUCUGGAAUGAAGGGGUGUUAGCAGCUGACAAGAAGGACUGGAAAGGAGCCCUGGACGCCUUUGCUGCAGUCCAGGACCCCCACUCCAGGAUUUGCUUCAACAUUGGCUGCAUGCACACGAUCCUGGAAAACAUGCCUGAGGCGGAGAAGGCCUUCACCAGAAGCAUCAACCGAGACAAGCACUUGGCAGUGGCCUACUUCCAGCGAGGAAUGCUCUACUGCCGGAUGGAGAAGUAUGAUUCUGCUAUUACAGAUCUUAAAGAGGCCUUGACUCAGCUUCGGGGGAACCAGCUGAUAGACUACAAGAUCCUGGGGCUGCAGUUCAAGCUGUUCGCCUGUGAGGUGUUGUAUAAUAUUGCUUUCAUGUACGCCAAGAAGGAGGAAUGGAAAAAGGCCGAAGAACAUUUGGCGCUGGCUGUGAGCAUGAAGUCUGAGCCGAGGCAUUCCAAAAUCGACAAAGCCAUGGAAAGCGUCUGGAAACAGAAGCUGUAUGAGCCGGUGGUGAUCCCUGUGGGCAGGUUGUUUCGGCCAAAUGAGAGGCAAGUGGCUCAGCUGGUCAAGAAGGACUACCUAGGCAAGGCCACGGUCGUGGCGUCUGUCGUGGACCAAGACAGUUUCUCGGGGUUUGCCCCCCUGCAGCCACAGGCAGCUGAGCCUCCACCCAGGCCCAAAACCCCAGAGAUCUUCAGGGCUCUGGAAGGGGAAGCCCACCGUGUGCUGUUUGGGUUUGUGCCCGAGACGCCAGAGGAGCUCCAGGUCAUGCCGGGGAACAUCGUCUUUGUCUUGAAGAAGGGCAGUGAUAACUGGGCCACGGUCAUGUUCAACGGGCAGAAGGGGCUCGUUCCCUGCAACUACCUCGAACCUGUUGAGCUGCGGAUCCAUUCUCAGCAGCAGCCCCAGGAGGAAGCCUCCCUGGAGCCAGAUAUCCCAGCUCCUCCCAGUUCCAGUGCUCCUGGAAGACCCCAGCUGUCACCAGGUCAGAAAGAAAAAGGAGAGCCCAAGGAGGUCAAGGUCAGCGUCCCCAUGGCCUACAUGCUCAAGGUGCACUACAAGUACACGGUGGUCAUGGAGACCCAGCUUGGGCUUCCCUACAGCCAGGUCCGGGCCAUGGUAGCCAAGAAGCUGGAGCUCCUGCCGGAACACACUAAGCUGAGCUAUCGGCCUCGGGACAGCAGUGAGCUGGUGCCCCUUUCGGAAGAUGGCAUGAAGGAUGCCUGGGACCAAGUGAAAAACUACUGCCUGACUUUGUGGUGUGAGAACACAGUGGGUGACCAGGGCGUUCCAGAUGAACCCAAAGAAAGUGAAAAAUCUGAUGCGAAUAACCAGACAUCCGAGCCCCAGCUCAAGGGAGGGAGCCAGGUGGUAGCACUCUUCAGUUACGAGGCUACGCACCCGGAAGACCUGGAGUUUCUGGAAGGGGACGUGAUCCUGGUGAUAGCAACGGUGAAUGAAGAAUGGCUGGAAGGGGAGUGCAAAGGGAAGGUUGGCAUCUUCCCCAGAGCUUUCGUUGAAGAACGCGCAGACUUGGAAAGCAGUCCUAGGCGAGUCUAGGAGGUUUCACAAGAAAAGGAAGCACCACCACGUGCAAGACCCAGCACGGCUCUGCAGCAUACUGCACAGACACCACCGUGUUGAGGUGUUAGCUCGCCUACUUCUCCCGGCUAACAUUUGACCCAUCAGACAAUGACGUGAGAUUCCCCUGGGGGCAGGGACGGGUGGUGGCUGGAAGCGUCUGGAAGGGCAUCAGGGAGCCCCUGGGGUGCUGAUAAUCUGCUUCCUGCUCUGAGUGCUGGCUACCAGAUGGGUGCAGUUCGUGAAAAUUCACCGAGUUGUACCCUGAUAAUUGGUACAUUUCUCUGUAUGUGAUGCCUCAAUAAAAAAUUUACAAAAACAAGA